CUCCCCUGCGGUCGAUUCCACUCCAGAGAGUCGCCCGAAGGAAGAAAAUGACGGAGACAGCGACGGACACGCGGAGAGUGGGGGAGGGAGUCUUUCUUGUAGAUGCGAGGGGAGACUAGGAGUGGACGUGGGUCUGCUUUGGUUGGUGGAAUCCAUGGAGGCGAAACGACUUCUCAGCGGUAAAGAGAAGAAGAUCAAAAGAAAGGAGGAGAUAUUUUAACUUGAAAGACCAAGCACAUGGUAAAAUGAGAAUUCAGUUUCUGAAAUUGUGAGGGGACAUGUGCAAACAUGUGAAUCGGAAGAGAAAUGGAGUACAACAUCACAUGGUACUUGAGAAGAAAAAGGCAAUUGAUGAAAUUAUAAAGAAGGCAUCAUCUGUCAAGGACCAUCUAGUUUCCUUUCCUCCCUUUUGUCACUAUGAAAGAAACGGACUUUCUGUCUGCUUGGAAUCAGGACUUGGAGACCAACUUGCUCCUCCUGUUAAGAAAUAUAUUCAAAAUCUUCUUAAGGUCAAUAUGGAAGGUCCAUAUGGUCCAGAGUGGCAAAUGGAAGAGAAAGUGAAGCGCAGGGAAAUGGUUUCACCUGAAGCACACUAUAUAUUUGUGCGGCAAUCCACAAAUACAACUUCUAAUGACAAUUUAUCAACCAAAAGUGAGGAAACAACCUAUCCUGGUCAGACAGGUGAUCGGAAUCGUCUGGUUGGUUUUGUGCAUUACCGGUUUAUUGUUGAGGAAGAUAUUCCUGUUGUUUAUGUAUAUGAGCUACAGCUUGAGACUUGCACACAAAGGAAGGGAUUAGGGAAGUUCCUGAUGCAAUUAAUUGAACUUAUUGCUCGUAAGAAUCACAUGGGAGCUGUGAUGCUGACAGUACAAAAAGCUAAUGUUCUAGCCAUGAAUUUCUAUACAACUAAGCUGAGAUAUGUCAUCUCGAACAUUUCACCAUCACAAGUGGAUCCACUGAUUGGAGCUGAGAAAAGCUAUGAGAUUCUAUGUAAGACGUUUGAUUCUGAAGCCAGAGCAAAAUUGGAGGAAAAGCAGCAGGAUGAUGGAUGAGUGCAGUGCUCUGUUUCAAACUGUUAUUAGACAACAUUUGUUGCUGAAAGAUGUGCAUGGCCAAUUCAAUUGCAUAUCUGCUUAAUUUCUAAUUUCUUUUUGUCUUGGGCUAAAUUUUACCACGAAUUCCACAGCCCAUGAAUGUAAUGGAAAGUUUUCUUACCCAACAAUUUAGUAGAAAUACUUAAAUGUUCUAAUGUAAUAGUUUCUAGAAAAUGAUCAAUUCUUAGCUGAACUUGUCAAUUCUUACC